GCAGAAAUUCACCUUUCGGACUUGAGAUCUUUGGUUGAGGCAAGUAGGACUGGUAGAGAUGGCACUGAAGGCUGUUUGCGUGCUAAAAGGAACCGGUGAAGUUACCGGGACCGUAUUCUUUGAGCAACAGGGUGAAAAUGCUCCAGUGACGCUGACAGGAGAGAUCUCGGGUCUGGCCCCGGGGGAACAUGGCUUCCACGUCCACGCUUUCGGAGACAACACCAACGGCUGUAUGAGCGCCGGACCCCACUUCAACCCCCACAACAAGACCCACGGAGGACCCGAUGACGAAAUCCGGCACGUAGGGGACCUUGGCAACGUGACUGCAGGAGCUGACAACGUGGCUAAGAUCAACAUCUCUGACAAGAUGCUGACUCUCACUGGACCUUACUCUAUCAUUGGCAGGACCAUGGUGAUCCAUGAGAAGGCUGAUGAUCUGGGAAAAGGAGACAACGAGGAGAGUCUGAAGACGGGCAACGCUGGCGGUCGCCAGGCCUGCGGAGUUAUUGGCAUUACCCAGUAAACACACACACCCUUACCGGGAGCACUGGAACCACUAGCCACUGCUUGAAGACCAGCGUAGCUACGCCGAACCCAUAGAAGACUCUGUAAAAUAUAUAUGUAACCCCCCAGAUCUACCCUUAGCCCCUACCUAGACCUCUAUGGCACCUCACGUAGAUCUGACAGAAUUUGGAGUGUGUCCUUUAAUGGCCACCUAUCGUUGAUAUAGUGCACUACUUUUGAACAGGGCCCAUAGGACUCUGGUCAAGAGUAGUGCACUAGAUUAUAAGGGAUAGGGCGCCGUAUGGGGGGCGGAGACCCCUGGGUUCUCAGGGCUUUGACCCGGGACGUUGAGGUUGGGGACGGCGUGUGUGCGGCCCAAAUGACGCCCUAUUUAGACCAGAGCCCUACGGCAGGUACAGACAAUAUGCUAGGAGCUCCACCCUCCCCCUCCGAUAGGCUGGGUGGACGUUUCACCAUAUUGCUUGUACCUGUAAAAAAAAAAAUCCUUUCAGGUCGAGUGCCCUACGAGGCAGCGGCUAGGGGUGGAUUAGGGGAUUUGGUUUCUAAUGACCACAGAAUAUAAAGCGCUUAUUGAAGUUGUUGACUGUCAACCGUAUACCGGUUUGUCCUGCUACGACAGUUGUUGCUUCCUGUCUGUAUGUGAUUGAAUAUUCUGGUACGCUGUCCCAAAACAUGUGUUAAACAUUGCGAGUCUGAAAUGGCACCCUAGAUCCUUUUUACAGCGCGCUACUUUUGACCAGUGGCCGAUUUUGGACACACCUAUUAUGUUCACUUUGUGUGCCAAGCUGCCCAAUAAAGAAAUGCAUUGUCACUGGUGAUA